AAUAUUUAAUUUCUUGUUAGUUCGUUUAAACGACAUUGAAAGUGACAUAAAAUUUCUUAUUUGAUUAUAUAGACUGGAUAACCAGUGUUCAAAAACUAUUUGUUUUGUUAUAAAUUUAUACCAAACUAUUGUGGAUAAAAUAAAAAUUGUAAAAUGGGACAGAAACGAUCUACAUACAUCCGAGUAUAGUAUCGCGUAGGAAUAAGUAGUGAACAGUUUUCGCCUGUUUCAUAUGAUAACAGAGUAUACAGUGAGUCGCUGCAGUGAUAUUGGAGUGGAUUGGAGAGGUAGGCAAAUAUUGGAAAAUAAUUUUGUAAUAAGAUCUGUUUGGUAUUGGAAACUUGAUGAAUACAAGAAAGGAGUAAAGUGGAUAUUUUUUAACUGUUUCCACCGUGGUUGUGAUGUGUUCAUAUAAUCUCUGGAGAUAAUUAAACAUUCGCGGUAUGAUAAUGUAGAAUAUUAAGAAAUUAAUCAAAAGUAAAUUGUAUAAAAGUAAAUUUUAUCGAAAGUUGAAGUGCUUUUUUCUUUAAACACUACCACAUAUUUUUAACAUUCUGAAGGUUACAAAAUAACUUUUAUCAGAAAAAAUAUAUUGAAUAAGAAAGAUUUAUUGGAGAAUCAUUAACAAAAAAAAAAUAAAUAAAAAAAACAAGAAAAAAACAACGAGCUGUUUGCUUAUAACAAUAUUAUAUCAGUGUGUCUACAAAAGAUGUGUGAACGGUGAAUAGCUGUUGCUGACACUGGAAUUAAUGUAACUGUGAACAACUGAUACAAAUGAAGGGGACGUUAGUAGUAAAAUAGUGGGAAAUAAUGACAUUUAUGGAAUUCGCUAAUGUACAACUGGAUGAUUUUGCUUUGAUUACAUUAGUAGCAAAUACAUAAUAGCAUUAAACGAAGCUAUGAUGUAUGUAACAUUGGAAUAAUGUGAAUAGAAACAACGGAAGUUGACAUCUGCAAUGCAAUUAUAUGACAUGGUUUAAACAUUAAAUCUCUUUUCUAUGUUUAUAGGAAAUUAAAUGCAACAUUUAAUCGUUUGUUGUGAACUAAAUCUAAUAUCUUUUUUGCUUAAACGAUAAUACAGUAUUUGUUCAAAUAAUGGAUGCGUUAAAGGAAGUCAAAGAGUGGCUUUUUAAUAAAUUUCAAACAAUUUCUGCAAACAGUGCCGGAGAAACAUCUAAUUUUAGAGGAAUUACCGCUUUAACGCCUAAAAAUAUUCCCGAGUUCGUCAUACCAGGUUCAGAGCAUUCCUCGCGGAGAACAAGCAGUGAAUGUUGCUCGGAGCUUGACUUUGGAAUGAAGAGGAACAGUUACGGCGGAAGAAGCUAUGCAAGUUCUCCCCCGGGCAGUCCCCGCUGCCUCUCACCAAGUGAAUCCGCUCCAUGUAUUCAUUCAUUAAAAAACAACCAUUGUCGUUCCGCUCCUGUGACGCCAAAACAUGAAAUAAAACAAAUUGUAGGAUGCCGUGAAAUUCACUCAACCUCCGGGCUUGAUCAUGUACCAGACGGAACUAAUGAUGAUCCUCUUUCGUUUGCAGCUAUUAGUCUUCCACACUUUCGCGUUAAAACAUCAUAUGGCUUCACAACGCUUUCAGAAAAUCCACAUACACGCAGAAAAGAAUCCUUAUUUCAUGCAGGGAAUGAUAACCUGCUUCCAAAGCGAUAUUCGCCAAAAGCGUUUCGACAGAACUCUUUGAAUAAAAUAAAUGUAGAACGAUCUUCACCUGAUCUGAAGGUACUAUCUCGGUCUGCCUCUUGCAUUACAACACACGGUAGUUACUGUAGAAGCAUGCCUUCUGUGGUAGUUACAGCCGCUAGACAAAAUAGUCGGACGAGAACACCUUCACCUGACAUUGAAAACGUUGGAGAUCUUACGAACAGAAGACUCUCACCGUCAUAUCAUCUUUAUACAAACGACGGUGGGGCACGAAGUCCUCUUCACUCCAAACAGAAUCGAUACUAUAACAGACGGCGUUCGUCGCUUGUUAUUAUGAACGAGAAUGGCGGCGACAGUUCCAGCCCGUCCGUAUCAGGUGGUUCAACACCAUCUUGCGGUUCACAUGAACAUCUAGAUGAUAAUCAACGACGGAGUCUAGGAGAUUUAAAUGUGCCUCCACCAGCAAGUCCAACAUUUAAGAGACAUUCUGCUCCAAAUAUUCCACUGGGGGAUAAACAGAAAAUUAAUGAAAGUUCGAAACCUCGCUCAAGUUCAUGUCACGUGAUACUUAAAUCAAAACCGAACAAUCAGCAUUAUCUGUUUGCCCCAUUUGGAGAACUUAAAUUUAGUUUUCAAUACCUUGCAGCUUCAAAACAAUUUAAAGUGACUAUCAUCAAAGCUGAGAACCUUGGAGGACACCAGAAGCAAGAUAAAAAUGUAAACGCCUAUGCCAAGUUAUGUCUUAUGCCAGGAAAAAUCCAAAAACAAACAACCGCUGUUAUAAAAAAGACGAGGAAUCCGGUGUUCGAACAGGACAUGUACUUUCACCACAUCUCACUAGAAGAACUGCACAGCAUGGCACUAGCAAUCAAGCUGUUUUCAAAAUCUGUUAAUUUCAAAUCGCACGAGUUCAUCGGGGAGGUGUAUAUACCAUUAGACAACUAUGACGUCAUGGUAGAAAACAGGAUUUGGAAAGAUCUGGAAUCACACAAAGAUAGAGAGGAUCUCGGAUUUUUGUCUAUUGGUCUUAAAUUCAAUCCAGGACUUGGUAUUCUAACAGUCAACACCGAACAAGCAAGGCAGCUGCCUCUUCAUCCGAUAACCGGAGCUCCAAAUCCGUAUGUACGAGUUGAAGUUACGCAGCCAUAUCGCUCUGUGAUCAAACAUCAAACAAGUGUACAUAAAAAUGAAGCAAAUCCAUCAUUUGAACAAUCGUUUUCAUUUGACGUCAGUCCGCAUGCAGAUGACAUGUAUGCUACUUCUGUAAACGUCUUAGUUUAUGAUCAUGAUAGAUUUCGCAGUGACGUAUUAAUUGGACAAGUUGUUUUAGGUUGCCUAGCAACAGAGGUUGGCCAGUAUGGCCAUUGGCAAGAAAUGCUUGAAAAUCCCAAUUUGAUGAUAUCAAAAUGGCACUAUCUUAUAGACCUUGAUGACUGAAGAGCACUUCAUUUAAUGAACUUAUUAAAGCUCAAUUUGUCUGGGCAAGAGAAGCUCUCAACUUGAAUGGAACCAUUUAGAACUAAGAUUCCGUCGCUUGCCUUAAUGAUAUAGUGCGCUAUAGCAGUCAGCGACACCCUGUGACAUCUAAAAAGAAGUAUCCACACAGGUUGUAAUAACUCAUCUCGUAUUUGGAUAUCAUUUAUGACGUCACAUCCUGUUUUAAUGCUGCUAUUAUUGUUUGUUGUGUCGCGUUUAGAUUUGCUCAAGACGAAAAAUGGUAUCAAAAUGUGCUUUAAUUUACUGUCGUGUGUGCCUAAUAACUCGCUUAUUAAUUUCAUUUUAACUUAAAUAUUCACUUCUUAUGUAUUUACAGCAAAAGUAAGUGGUCUAGUAGUUAAUGUGUCGGCGUCUCAAUCCGGGGGGUCCUUGGUUCGAGCUCGACUGGGGCCACGACCACGCCUUUUCAUAUAACUUCAGUACUGGGUUUGCCAAGAAGCGGACUCGAAAGUGCUUGAAAUAAGCGUGAACCUUUGAUCACAAUCGAGCUGAAAUAUAUUAGUUUCAACCAAAAAUGAUUACAUUCAACUACUAGUAGAAGAGAGACGGUGCCAUUGUGCAAAUUAAUCUAACGUGACAAAUACACAUAUAAGCAAUGUCAAUAUAUGUGUAGCAAUACAUAAUAAAUAGAUAAGCUUUUAACGAAUAUUUUAAUGAAAUAGGCACACGUGAUUGCGUGCUGUGUCCUACUUAUUUAUAUAAAAAAAUAUAAGAAGAGCCAUGUAUAAUCAGAACAAGAAGAAAAACUCUGUACUGCGAUAAGAACAUAAUAACAUAAUUGUUCAAAAAGAAAAAAAAAAUACCGUAUUUAAUUUCAUAAUCUCCACACGUCAAGUAACAUAAUAUUAAUUCAAUGAACUUUCGCUAUUGUGCGUUUUAUUCGAGUUGGCGGGGCGGAGUUAAUCUCUGACUUAUGUAAAUAAUGGUAAUCUCAACAAACGAGCAAAAUAGUGAGAGCAAAAUAAUUGUUUAAUUCCGUAAUCUUCCGGUAACCAACGACUACAUUGAUUGCAAUGCAAGGUAGAUGGCCACUGAAUAAGAAAUCAGGUCGAAUAUAUUACAUAUCCUGCACAAUAAUGCAGUGGACCGUCGCGAAACCCCACCCCGUAUGGUCGAUUAAAACGCACAAUAUCUGUAUAAAGUGUCAUAAUGUGAUGUAAAGGCACUGCACAGUACAAGGUUUUAUACACUGCUUUUACUGACGAUAUAAUUCUCCAGUCAUUCAACGAUAUGAACUUUGUAAGGCAAAACAGUUAUAAGUAAUGCAUUUUUGAUAACAAAGAAAGGAUUUCAAUUAGUUAUGAUAGUCUCAUGUUACUUUCUAACCCUUUUGUUUAAACUUACGAGUUAACUUUUUAUUUUUCGCUAUGUAUGUCACUAUGUUUUCUUUGUCAAAAUUAUAUCCUCCUUAUUUGUCAACAUUUAUUGUCCUAAUCAAGGCAAGGUGAUACCUAUAGAAUGUUAUCCUUGUUUACCCUGCUAAAUUUCUAAAAUGGACUGGGCCAUUAUUCAAUUUCGGCCAGUACCAUUUAUUAUUUGAAUGGAUGUUCAUUGAAAAUUUACUGACUGAAUGGCGAACAGUGCAGACCAGGCUGACCUUGGUCUGCACUGGUCGCAAAGCCUGAAUCAGUUGCCGCCAGCAGGCUAAAGGUUAAUAUUCUGUGUUAAUAUCUAUUAAACAUUCAUCAAACGUUUGAAAUGGAAUACAGUAUCUGAACUGUUACGUUAUUAUUCAGUGAUGUUAGGAGAAGUACUAUACAUCUAUAUAUGCUCUAAAUGUUUUAAAAAAUAUUAUUUUCAAACAUUA